AGAGAGUAACAUGUUUCAGUGAGGCAGGCGGAGAAGCGGCAACAGCCACGUACGCGGAGCCUUGGUGCGGGUCAGACGUUCACCGCAGAGCCCGCUCUCAACUAACGUGACAGGAUUACUGCGCAGACACGUCCUCCCCGCUGAUGUUAUGAGCUUCUAACUCUGCUUUGUUUUUGUUUUCCUUGUUUUCUGUUUAUGCUGGAGGAGAAACGUCACUGCGGCUAACCAAUUCCCCCUGCUCCAGAACUGGGAAUUUACAAUGAAACAUGUAAGGUGACACGUUUUAUUUCACCACGCUGGGAUCACAGAGGGAACCGAGCGAAGAUAACAAAGUGUGAAAACUGUGGAGCCUUUGGUCAAACCAGAGUGAACGACCAGAUCGGGAACUUCUCAUUAUCAAGUGGGGAAAUUUUCCCAGCUCCCCUUUUUUCAACUUUCAAACUCUUGUUAUACAUUUCACUUUAUUUUUUUCUAUUCUCCCCUUUUUUUCAUGGCCAGAAUGAAGGAUUCAGAGCUUUUUCUUUAUCUUCUUCUUUUUUUCUCCCAACGAGACCAAAAGCAAAUGCCAAACUGACUGUGUCAAAAAAAGCAAAAAACAAUAUUUAAUGAAACUACAUUUCUCUACAUAAUCAUACAGUAUUUAGUCAGAACUUGAUUUAUUUGCCAACGUGAACCUUUAAGUCCACCAACAUAUUAACAACUUAUUUACUCCUGACUGCUUAAUCUUUCAGUGUUUGCUGCUCUUAAAGCGAAAACUGCGUGAUUUUCCUGCCAAGACCAUAAUCAGUGCAUUAUUGGUUCAAAGUGCUUUAUAAACAGUUUGUGGAGUGACAGAGGAAGCAUGUGGUGAGAAGUGAUAAUUCUCUGACGGCGUCUGAAGGUUUUAUUUUAAAUCGGAGCGCCGUUUUGACUGACGGGUAACACAAGCCACGUUUGACCAGAUAAAUCCAAGCCCGCCAUCAUCAUCACCGCCGCCGCCGCUGCUGCUGCUGCUGCUAUCUCAAAGGCUUAGACGUAUACUGUCCUCUCAGUCUGUGCUGUGAAACACUGUUGACACUUUGCCUAUCUCCUUCUUCCAGUUGCUUACAUUAGAAAGGCUUCUCAGUCAUUGUCGUCUCGUUUCUUCCAUAUGUUGAGCUUGAUUGCUGAAGUGAAAUCCCCCUUUAUCAAGUCCCACUGAACUCUGCAGCAUUCCUAUUUUUAUUCCUGAAAAAACAUGCAAUUUAAAACCUUUCACUGUACUCAUGUUUGAACGUGAAAGAAAAAUAAUUUUAUAAGAAGGGAAAAAAAAGAUCAUAACUUGAAGCCAUACUGAACACCAGCCAUACAGAUUAACUUUUACAUUUGCAAAGCUUCUCACAAUGUUUUAGAUUUUUGUUUUCUAACAAAGUGAUCUUCGUCAUAUUGGUGCACACACACACAAUCAGGGAAUCCAUGAGGCAACAGCUCAUGAAAAAAACCCAAAUUUGUAUGUUUGGAGGAAAGAGGAUCUUGUAAGUUUGUAGUUUUUCGAACUGCUUUUUCACAAAUUGUGCAAUCGGAUCGUCCGCGGCGUCAAAUUGUGGCAGCCACAGCGACCACGGCGAGUUCCCCGUCUGCGUCCCGUUUUCCUCUGCAUUGACGGAUGAAUCCAGACAGUUCCAUGUCUGUUCUGUGGGCAGAACCUCGCUGCCCUGCUAGAACCGGGCCUAAGCCCUCCUUUGUUCUCUUCUGUUGGGCCAAGCUAAACUCAGAGCAGAGACACUCGAGCAAGGGUAUCGAACGCACAUAAAUCGGCGACUUUUUUUUUUUUUUAAGAAAAGUCUCAGAUUUAAGUUCUCACCAGCUUCCAUUGACAUUCCAGUUUAAUGGACUGACCAUUUCCUUCCAGUAGCUGCUGGAAAAACGUCUUUUCUUGAAAGUCCUUAUGCUGCUCAAUGCUGUUCAUCUGCAGUAAAUUCAUUCAACAACAUCAUAACUCAGUUUUUAAACCCCAGUAUUUAGACCAAACUCCUAAGCAUACAGACCUUUACUGAUUCAUCUAAGUUUCUUAAUGGAGCUAAUUAUGGAAAUUGAUAGUGUCCUGUAGAAGACGUACAAACUGGAGAAGCUUGUGCCAAAUUCAAACUGAUUUUCUUUCAGCUUGUUAGCCAAACAAAGCUGAGAACUCUGAAGCUGCCAUCACUGUUGUUUACAGACACAUAGCCUGGAAUAAAAUUAUUUUCUUUCCAUGUCAGAUUAUUAUUAAUUCUUUUUAAUUUACAACGGACAACAGAAGUGCCAAACUCCCGAAAGAAUGAAUCCAACAUCGGUUCAAGCGAUCUGAAGUUUACAUACAGCGCUAAAUGUUUACAAUCCACCGUUUCCAUAGCAAUUUGUUACCAAACUGAGCGUUCCCAUUGGUCAUUUUGUUAAGAGUUUACAGUUUUUCUCAAACUCUUCUCUUUUGUUUACAGUAAAUGUGUAAAUACUGUCAUUUUGAAAAGUUUUGAGCUUUGGCCAAGGGGAAAAAAUGCCACUCUGUCAGCUGACAGACCUAUACUAAUUAUUCAGAACCCAGUGCCAUUCAACACAGUCAUAUUGUGAAGUUAAAGUUGGCUGGUUUAUUAAACUGUUUUAAGGCAGUUUGUACAGGGCCUAAAAUCUCUGAAAACCUCAAUGUUUACACAAGCUGCUUUUGGGAGGGAUUUCUAUCCAGAGAAAUGUUUACAUUCAGAUGAACGAGUGAAAUGCCAAACACAUUCAUAAAACAGCUGCUGAACUGCUUCUGAAAUAAAAACUGAAGUUAAAACAUUUUUGUCACAAAGGUUUUUAUAUUUCAGCCAGACGCCAUCUUGGAGUUGAACUCUGAAAGUUGAUUUCCUUUUCUAAAUCAUGGCUGAAGAACUUUACCCCAGAACAAUGAAGUCCACGCUUUCAAAGAGGAUGAUUUCCCUUUUUGUCAUCCUGUUGCUUUUCUCUUGCCUCCCCGUUUCAUCCCUGACCAUUACGGUGGAGCGGCGAGAUGCCGGCGGCGACGCCAGGACGCUUGGCAGCAGCAGUGGCACCUCUGCUGGAAAAACAGCCAGCACCUUGUUCCUCCUGACAGGCUACAAGUCAAACUCCCGUGGCGGAUCCAAAGUGCCACCGAAAGCGGCUGAGAUGAAGGACGAUGAUGAUCCGGCGGCGAUGGCUGAGCUCCCCCCGAAGCCCCUCCCACAGAGGAUGUUUCCACGGAACUCCACGGAAAACCCACUGAAGCCUCCGCUCAGUGGGGCCCAGGUGGCCCCGCCGCUGGUGGAUAAUGGAGAAGUUUGCAGGGGUUACUAUGACGUCAUGGGGCACUUUGACAACACGUUCAACUGCUCCCAGGGCACGUAUCGCUACUGCUGUGGUACCUGCCAAUACCGGUUCUGCUGUGAGCACCGGAGGAACCGACUGGACCAGGAGUCCUGCAAAAACUACAUUUCCCCUGUGUGGGCCGACCCGCAGGCCCCCGUCAGCGUGCCUGCUGCCAACAAGCCCGACCCCGACUUCGAGACGCUGCAGCAGCAGAGCAGCAGUACGGGUUACGUGAUCGGAGGGGUGAUAUCCUUCACGCUGGUGAUGGCUGUGGGCGUCAGGGUCGCCUUCAGCAAGGUGGCGCGUCGACCCCGCAACAGAGAUGUCAACAUGCCCAGAUCCCUGGUGGACAUUUUGCGUCACCAAUCGAGCCCCGUGCAGCAGGGAGACAGGAAUAACGCCGCCGUGCUGACCGCCACCACAUCCGACGGCCGCACAUCCAAAAACCUGUACAACCCCGUCCUGCAGUUGAAAGACAACCGCACUGGGAACUUGCACCACCCUUUUAACCAGCAGGGGUCUGCCUCCAGCCCCAAACACUCUGCUACCAUCGAGCGCGGACCUCGUUUGAACAACACCUCCCAGCUGUCGUCUGGGCCCAGCCUGAUUUCAGGAAGCAGUAAAGGUACGGGAGGGGUCGGCAUCCUCACCGGGAGCAUGAGACACAACAGCAGCCACCCGUCUUUCUCCCACUCCUUCCACAACCUGGCGCAGCUGCCCCCGUCCUACGAGACGGUGAUGAAACCAGAACUCAGCCGCUACAGCUCCCUGAAAAAACUGGAGAAAGAACUUGAUGAAUACUCGGGUUAUUACACUAACAAACGUCGCUCCAACAACGCUCCACCCUCCUUCCACUCCUCGCAGCACCACCUGCCCUGGGGAGGCGAUUACACACUGGGAUCCAGGGGCACCCUGCCCCUCCAUGGAUCCCGUCCUCACCUCCACAUCCCCACCUCCACCCCAAACCCGUACCCGCUUCCCUCCCAGACACCCCACUCCAGCUCCAGCUUUGACAGGCCGCCUCGCCGCGUCCGCUCCCAGGACCAGCUGCUGGCCUUCGGGGAGGGAAACACCCUGUCCCGCCUGAACAAGAACCAGCAGCACCAGUACUAUAAAGCCAUGAUGAGUACCAGUAGGAGCUCCACGUCACAGACGCUCCGCAGGUCUCAUGAGCGUCUCCUCGUCUCUCCGGACCGUCUGGAGGAUCGCCUGAUGACGAUGGGUCUGCCGAUGGGAACGAUGGAGAGAGGGGGCGGGACCGGGAUGGUUCCCACCAUGGGCCGACUGAGCCACCACCAAAAGGCCCAGUCGCAGCAGAACAUCUGUGCCACGCCGUCCAUGGACCGCCACCACAUGAUCAAGAUGAACUCCCACCCGACAUCAGGCCACGACCACGAGCGCGGCUCCACAGCUGUGCCCGUGAUGGGGAUGCACGGCGGCUGGGACUCCCACGGGGGCCAUAGUGGAGGAGGAGCAGGGAUAAUCGGAGGCCAACCCAGCGCGCGGCGAAUGGCUUUUGCUAACAAAAGGCAGAACACCAUCGAACAGCUGCACUUCAUCCCCGGAGGCGGAGGAGGGCAGGGACUGCGGACUGGAAGUAAGAACGAGGUGACGGUGUGAGAGAAGGAGAAGGAGAGGAGAAGGACAGGUGAAGAAUGAGGAGAGGAACCAAUCAGAGGAAGAAUAAAGAAGAGAGAUGAAGAAGAAACAGAAAUGAGUUUAACCCCAGCUGGCUGCUCAACCUUUAAAAUAAAUUCUUCCCAAACAAUGGUUGAUCACACCAUUCAUGUUAGUAAAGCCAACCAAUAUUCCUCUUGUCACUUUAUGUUUUGAAAAAGAGAAUAUUCAGCCAUUCUUUGCAAAAGGAAGAAAAAAAAAUCUUCAUUAAAAGAGCAAAAAAAUGCAGCUCAGAGGCUGCUGGGUAUUCGCUGUGACUUUUAUUGAAGGAUAUCCACAGAGUUGUUGAGUAGUCCUUGAGUUUUAUUGCACUGUCCUCUGAGUUCUCGAGUGCUCUGACAGAAAUUCAUCUGUCGUUGAAUCCACUGUGGAUGGUGAAGAGCACUGAGCCUGGAGAGAGACAGGUUUGCUUGUUGUUGUAUUUAUAACAAUAUUUAGAACCAAACAAGUUACUUUUGUAUGAAAAUAACUCGAUAUUGAUUACAUUAACAUGACUGAGCCCUGUAGGAUUUUGUGUAUACUUAGUUGAACACGUAUUUAUCCUCAAAGCCAGCCGGUUUGUAACUUAAAGGCUGGAUUAGACGAUCAUCGCUUUCUGUAGUUGUGAUUGGACUAUUAAUGUAAAACUGCUGAAUCACUCGAGCCAAGUGCAGUUAACUGUCAUCUGAUGACUUUACAGCUUCAGUAAUUCAAGAUUAGAAAUUUAGAAAUAAAAAAACACCGUCGACUCAUGCUGCUGCCAGAAAGGCCCAGUCACACCAGCACUUCACACCAAAACAACAAAAUCAAGCCAGUGCUCCAAAUAAAUACGUCACCUUUUUAAUAAAUCAAGUCUCACGUCAAAAAGACAAAUAUCUGUUGUCUGAAAGAUUUUAAUAGGUUUUUCUGCCAUGUUUAUUUUAUGUUAAUUUCAUUCUCUUCUUGUUUCCAAUAAAUCUCAGUCACAGGAUUAAGAUGCAUGGAUCAUGUUUUGACCGGCUAGUGCCAAUUCACAGUUUUUGUUUCAUUCUGACCUGACAGUUUUCAUGUUCAAUUUCAGGACUUUAACACAGGUAAGAUAAUUUUAUGUAGACUUUUUUAUUAUUAACAUUUACAUGUAACAAACACUGAUCAUAAAUAGAAAACAUGUUACAGGUAAUAGUUUUUACUCCAAAUGAGAAGUACAAGAUGAUCCUCAAUUAUACUUAUCAAAUCUUUCCCUAACUUUUAUCUAAUGUUUGCAUGUUAUAUGUUGAUGCAUUCAUGAGCCCAAAAACUGAGUUUUUAAUUUGGCUGUAAUUUAUUCAACUGGAUAAAAACAUGUAUUUUUCAGUAUUUGAUCCGUCAUGAACUGAUGAAUAUCAAUCAAGACAAAAAAAUCGCCAACUUUGAUCACUGCUGAAUUGACUGGUGACCAAGUCAAACAAGACAGGCUCGUAUAAUUUGAGAAUAUCUUUGUCUCUAAUACUCAUGUAUUUAAAACUAUGCAUACAACUCUUAUUUGAUGUUGAUAUUUUAUGGUGACACAAAGUCAAAAAUUCUACUAAAAGACUUUUUUUUUUUUGCACAUUUUGAGUUUAUUUACAAUUAAUUACAAGAUAUUUCUAUUGAUUUUGAUUCUGAUCACCAUUUAAGUCAUUUGACUAUGAAAUAUUUUUUAAUUGUAACCCCUGAUCAAAUCAAAAUUGCUGUGUGAAACCUCUGGUUGCUAUUCAGAAUAUCAUAUGACAACCUUUUUUGUCUUUUAGACUAAAAGUAAAUUAUAGAAAAUUACUUUAAAUCACCACUGGUCAAAGCAGGUAUGCAUCAACUCCUAAAAGAAAAGAAUCAACUCCUAUGAAAUCACACAAAAAAUCAUGUUGAACAUGUUUUCUUUUAAUCGUCCAAAAUCGGGUGUAAAGUGAGCAGUAAAAGUUACAUAAGUUUAAAAUGACAAGUAUCCAGCUCACAUUGUUCUUCCUUUUGUAUUGUGUUUUUUAAAAUGUAAACAAUACUGGCACCUAUUGGUCCAGUGUGGGAUUUCUUUUCUUUCUUUUUUUUUUUUUUUUGAUAAGGUAAAUUUCUUAUUUGGACUGAGAAUUUAAAAAAAGCUCUUUAAAAAACAGUUUAUUUUCCAACAUAUCAAGUGAAAUACUUGUAGCAGCAUAGUUGGAGUCUGAAAUUAUUACAGCUACUUAAACAAAUUCAAUGAUGCCUGUGUGACUGGGCCCUAAAAUUACCAUUCAGUAUGUAACCAUGUUUUAAGCUAACUUAAAGCCUUGUACAGUGGAUUCUAGUGAGUGUACGACAUUUAUGAAACGUAAUAGUGAGAAUGUUUUGAAUUAGACCUCUCAUUAAAAGGAACCGAUCUGUGAAUAAACAUCCCCCGGCCAUGUUUCAAACUUUUCACAAGUAACUUGUAAAGUCGAGGGCUUCUUUUUGCAGCGCACUGGCAUAGAACAGACCCUACCGUUCGUCCGAGACGCCACACGCUUCCUGCAAGUUCAGCUGCUCACCUCGCACCAAGGGAAGGAAGGCAGACGGGUUCGAGGCGGGGGAACAAUGGACACUUCACACUAAGGGCUAAACUGAAUUUAUCUUUGUGUGUCUGUGUUCUAAACCGUGUCUGCUUCUCAUUUUCAUCUCUUGUAUCUGUCAGGAGGCAUGCUCGUGCUUAUUUUCACAGAUUUCUUCACGUGUAGAGAGAAAAGAAACAUGCAGGGGAUUUCUGCAAAAGAAGCUUUGUGUAAAGAUAUAAUUUUGUUUAAUAUUGCUAUGGAGGAGGAAGCUUUCCAUAAAGAUGUCAUAUUUUGGGAUUUUUGUUUGUUUCUCUGCCGAUAAGAUGGACCUUCUGGCCAUACUGGCUGGGUUUCUUUUUCAUAGUGAAGUUAUACUUUGAUAAAGACUGAUACCACUGAUUGAGUGAUGCUUCCUGCCAGCCAUUUGUAGUUUUCUAUGUUAUGUAGUCAUGUGUUAACGGUUUGAUUUAAAAAGAAAAAAAGAAAAACCGACCUCCCCAAAUGAAAAAGUGAGCACUCUUAUCAUGAUCUCUUCUUUUAAACGUAUUUAUUUUUUUAAAUCUCUGUGAAUUUUUAUGUAUAUGCCUGAAAUUUCAAUUUUACGACUUUCUAGUGGAGUUGGAAAAAAAACAACAUAAAAACAAAAGCAAAACCGUUGUAAUCACGGGAACAAAAAAGAGCCAAUGCAAUCAUGGAGAAAAGCAUGAUGAUGUCAGGAGCCAGUGUUAGAGAUGUCAUACUGCUGACUUACGAUGUCAUGGCGUGUAUGUAUCUAAUAGUACAUGCGUCUGUUUAAAAUUUACGUACCCGUGUGUUAGAAUCCCUGUCAUUAUUGUUAUAGGAAUGCUGACACUCAUUUUGACUGAAAUCGAUCACGAAGAUGAUACUGAGAUCCAAAAUACAAUUGUUGUUCAUAUCAGCCUGUUUGUGCUUUUUUUGGUCUUCCAUUUUUGUCCCUUUUAAUGUCACUUUUUUUAAGAGGGACAUUGAUCACUUCCUGCCCCUUCAAUUUAAGCUGUGUUCACCAAGGCAAGGACUUUUUAAACAUUUCAAAAUGUACAUUUUUAAAGACUUAUAUGGUGAUAAGUUAUAGCAGUUAUAGGGACCUGUAAUAGCUGAGUGCAUUGAUUUAUCGCAUGGUUCAUCAGUUUGUGUCGCUGAUGUUUGACAGAUUAGGUUUUUAUUGCAGCUUCUUUGUACGUGCUCAUUUUUACAGAAUUUUAAGGGCAUAGAAGUUUGAAAACAAGUUGCAUUUCUUGCAGGGGGAUCAAACCUAAUUUAAAUGUUUUUAAGCAACAACUGCUGUCACUGAAAAGAAUAUGUUGUGGCUUGCCUUAGUUGCUUUUAAAGAACUGAGAGUAAAAACUAAUGAGAACAUGUUGAAAUAUGAAUUCAAUCUUUUGCUGUCUCACUCAUUUCUCAUAAUUUCAGAGGUCGUUUACUGUUGUAUUCCAUGUUGAGUUAACAGUUCCCCUGAUGAAGCUGUGUGCCUGUAUUUAUGUGUGAGUGUGUUAACCACAUGGGGGGAGGGAAGGCAUGGGCAUAUUUGUAUUCUCAAAGCUACUCUGCAUACCUCAAACUGUAUGAUAAAUUAUUUAUUACAUUCCCUUAUAUGUCUAUUUCCAAGAAUAUCCCAACAACGGUCUCACAGAUGUGCAACCCUUUUGUUAUUGGUGAUCAAUUCUUGCAUUUGUAGAAAUCAUACUGUUUAAAUGAUAAUAAAAAAAAUAUCCAAC